UCUGUCCUGCAGGCCUUCUUGUUCCACUUGAUUCCCAGGAACCAUGGAGAACGUAGCGAUAUUCAGCACACCUGACAAAGGGAGGGGUCUGAAGGCCACCAAAGAUUUCUGGGCUGGAGAUGUGAUUUUUUCUGAACCUAGUCUGGCUGCUGUGGUCUUUGACAGUCUUGCAGAGAAUGUGUGUCACAGCUGUUUCCGGAGACAAGACAAACUCCAGAGGUGCGGUCAGUGCAAAUUUGCCCACUAUUGUGACAGAACCUGCCAGCGGGCGGGAUGGGCCGAACACAAGUUGGAAUGUGCCGCCAUUAAGACGUUUGGUAAAGCACCCAAUGAGAACAUACGUUUGGUGGCUCGCAUCUUGUGGCGCGUGGACAAGGAGGGCAGUGUGGUGUCUGACAUGCAGCUGACCACGCUGGACGAGCUGGAGGAUCACAUCGAUGACAUGCAGGAGGACGAUCUCAAGGACUUCAAAGUUGACAUCCACAACUUUCUGGACUACUGGCCGCGUACCUGCAAGCAGCACACCAUAGAAGACAUCUCACACAUCUUCGGAGUGAUCAACUGCAAUGGCUUCACUCUCAGCGACCAGAGAGGCCUCCAAGCUGUGGGCGUGGGUCUAUUUCCUAAUCUGUGUUUGAUCAAUCAUGACUGUUGGCCCAAUUGCACCGUCAUCCUCAAUCACGGCAAUCAGUCAGCUGUGAACACAAUGUUUCACUCCCAACGGAGAAUCGAGCUACGUUCUCUCGGAAAGAUCGCAGAAGGCGAAGAGUUGACUGUCGCCUAUGUGGACUACAUGAACUUGUCUGAGGAGCGACGGAGACUUCUGAAGACCCAAUACUUCUUUGACUGCACGUGUGAACACUGCAAGGGCCAAACCAAAGAUGACCUGAAGAUGGCGGGAAGAGAGACUGAAGGAGUCAAGCCCACAGAAGAGCAGGUGAAAGAGGCCACGGAUUUCUGCUUUCAAAUGCUGGAAAAGAUGGACCAGUCUCGCUUAAAGGGGGAUUACCACGAGGUGGUGAAAAUCUGCAGGGAGGCCAUCGAGAAGACAGAGCCGGUCCUGGCUGACACACACAUCUACCUGUUGAGGAUGUUCAGCACUCUGAGCGAGGUCCAGGCCUACCUGCAGUACUUCGACGACGCAGCCGAUUAUGCCCGAAAAAUGGUGGACGGCUACACGAAGUUGUACCAUCCAAACAACGCAGCACUGGGCAUGGCAGCGAUGAGAGCAGGAGUCACUCACUGGCAGGCUGGGCAGAUCGAGGUCGGACACGCCAUGAUCUGUAAGGCCUACGGUAUUCUCAUGGUGACCCACGGAGCCACUCACCCCAUCACCAAGGACCUGGAGGCCAUGCGCAUGCAGACAGAGAUGGAACUGAGAAUGUUCAAGCAGAACGAGUACGUGUACCACAGCAUGAGAGAGGCGGCCCUGAAGAACAAGCCCAUGGCCAUGAUGCAUGAACCCAAGUCUGUGGAGGAUGGCAUCAAGAAUCUUUUCCAUCGGCGGAAGUGAUUUGUAGCCAAACAGUAUAGCCGAAAUCGUUUACUGUAAACGGUGUGAUCUGAGUGUUUGCA